UUUUCGUAAUAUUGAGCUUGUAUUGGGUCACUUUCGGGUGUAUCUUCUAUAAAUACAAGACACAUCUUUAGCUCAUUCCCAACAAACUUAAACACAAAUAAAGAAACUAACCACAACUCUUUUACACAAGAAAGUCACAAUGGGCAAUUGUUUGGUUACCGAAUAUAAGAUUAUCAAGGUCAUGAAAACAGAUGGAAAAGUUCUUGAAUACAGAGCACCCAUCAAAGUUCAUCAAGUCUUAUCAGAUUUUUCUGGGCAUGCAAUAUCUGACAAACUACCUGUUGUCAGUCAUUUGUGUCUAGACUUUGAUAUGAUUGUUGAUCACCUAUACUACCUUCUACCCCUUCCAGUAUUGCCAGCAGAGGAAGAAGAAGAGAAAGAGAAGAAAAGGGUAAGAUUUUCGAAUCCCCAAGAUAUAGCAGGCCAAGAAGGCAGUGGAGUUGUGAGGAUAAAGUUAGUCAUCACCAAACAGGAACUGGAGAUGAUGUUAAGCAGAGGAGCACUAUCACUAGAUGAUAUGAUUUCUCAUCUUCAAGAUAAACAGAAUUCAUCCAAUCAAGCUGAAUUGUCAAAUAAAGGAUGGAAACCUUCACUAGAAAGCAUACCAGAAUGAACUGGUUGAUGAUCAUCUCCUUACCUAGUUUCACUACUAAGAAAAUAGGCAUAUAGAUCAAACAUAUUGAAUACUACUUUGGUUAUCAUAGAAGAAACUGAAAUAUAUAUAUAUCCAUCUUGUUUUAUGCUUUCUUGUUAUGUAUAACA